UCUCUCUCUCUGUCUAUCUCUGUAAUAUACACAUUCUGAGUCUCUGUUCUCAACAGAAAAUAAAGAAGGGUCGGAAAAGAAGACAGGACAAAACUGUCUUCUCUCUCUCUCUCUCUCUCUGUUUCUUCAAUUGUCUUUUAAUUUUAAUUUUUGAACAGAGAAAAUAAAGAAAUAAAAGUGAAGAACAGAGACAAAAGGGCACUAUAUUGAUUUCAACUUCUUCAGGGUCAUUGACCAUUUGGAUCAAUGUUACUGUCUAUAACCCUGUUUUUGUGGGUUUUUUGUUCUUCUUCUUCUUCUACUUCUGUUGCAGCCUCUGUUUCUUAUGAUGACAGAGCCAUCACCAUUAAUGGCCAAAGAAGGAUUCUCAUUUCUGGUUCCAUUCACUACCCUAGAAGCACCCCUGAGAUGUGGCCUGAUCUUAUAAAGAAGGCUAAAGAUGGAGGAUUAGACGUUAUACAGACCUAUGUCUUCUGGAAUGGGCAUGAGCCUUCUCAAGGACAAUAUAAUUUCGCGGGGAGGUAUGAUCUAGUUCGGUUCAUCAAGCUAGUGCAACAAGCAGGCCUUUACGUUCAUCUCCGGAUUGGCCCUUAUGUUUGUGCUGAAUGGAAUUUUGGGGGAUUUCCGGUUUGGCUGAAAUAUGUUCAAGGCAUUUCUUUCAGAACAGACAAUGAGCCUUUCAAGGCGGCAAUGCAAAAAUUUACCAAGAAAAUUGUUGACGUUAUGAAGUCAGAAAAAUUGUUUCAAACUCAAGGAGGUCCAAUUAUAAUGUGUCAGAUAGAGAACGAAUAUGGACCGGUAGAGUGGGAAAUUGGGGCUCCCGGUAAGGCUUACACAAAAUGGAUGGCGCAAAUGGCUGUCAGUCUCGGCACCGGUGUCCCAUGGAUUAUGUGCAAACAAGAGGAUGCUCCUGAUCCAAUCAUAGAUACUUGCAAUGGUUUUUACUGCGAAAACUUCAAACCAAACAAAAGUUCCAAACCCAAAAUGUGGACUGAAGCCUGGACUGGUGGGGGUACAGUAUUUGGUGCUUCAGUUUCUCGUAGACCUGUUGAAGACUUGGCAUUUUCAGUUGCUAGGUUUAUACAAAAUAAUGGUUCAUUCGUUAAUUAUUAUAUGUACCAUGGCGGGACAAAUUUUGGGCGAACAACUGCUGGUCUCUUCAUUGCCCCUAGCUAUGAUUUUGACGCUCCGAUUGAUGAAUAUGGAUUACUUAGAGAACCAAAAUGGGGGCAUUUGAGAAAUUUGCAUAAAGCCAUCAAGCAAUGUGAACCAGCUUUAGUUUCCUCUUAUCCCACAGUGACUUGGCCGGGCAAUAAUCUAGAGGUUCACGUAUUCAACUCAAAGUCUGCUUGUGCUGCAUUCCUUGCCAACUAUGACACCAAAUCUCCGGCAAAAGUGGCCUUUCAGAAUACACGAUACGACCUGCCUCCUUGGUCCAUCAGCAUUCUCCUCGAUUGCAAAAUUGAAAUUUUUAACACUGCGAAGAUUAGCUCCGAAAGUUCACAGAUGAAGAUGACACCGGUGAAUGGUGGAGUAUUCUCUUGGCAGUCCUCCAAUGAACAAACUGUCUCUGCCGAUGAUUCAGACACCAUUGCAAGGGAUGGGCUGUGGGAUCAAAUCAGCCUCACAAGAGAUGCAUCGGACUAUCUUUGGUACCUAACAAAUGUGAAUAUACAACCAGGCGAAGCAUUUUUAAAGAACAGGCAGUCUCCUACUCUGACCAUUAUGUCAGCAGGUCACACUUUGCACAUUUUCAUCAAUGGGCAACUAUCAGGAACCACGUAUGGAUCGCUACAGAAUCCAAAACUGACAUAUAGUGGCAACGUGAAGUUGAGAGCGGGAAUUAACAAGAUUUCUUUACUAAGCGUUGCUGUUGGCCUUCCGAAUGUCGGUCUGCAUUUUGAGACAUGGAACACGGGGGUUCUUGGCCCAGUCACAUUGAAGGGCCUCAAUGAGGGGACAAGAGACUUGACAAAUCAAAAGUGGUCUUACAAGGUUGGUCUAAAAGGCGAGAGCUUGAAACUGCACACACUCGAUGGAAGUUCCUCUGUCGAAUGGGUUGAGGGAUCAUCAUUAGCUACAAAACGACCCUUGACAUGGUACAAGACUACGUUCAACACACCAGCAGGAAAUGAUCCGUUAGCUUUGGAUAUGAGUACCAUGGGAAAAGGUGAAAUAUGGGUAAAUGGUCAAAGUAUCGGGCGCCACUGGCCUGGAUACAAAGCACGUGGUAACUGUGGCGGCUGUAGCUAUGCUGGAAUUUUUAAUGAGAAGAAAUGCAGAACAAAUUGUGGUGAAGCCUCUCAGAGAUGGUACCAUGUGCCACGCUUAUGGCUGAAACCGAGUGGGAAUUCGUUAGUUGUAUUUGAAGAAUGGGGCGGCGAUCCAACUGGGAUUUCAUUGGUUAAAAGAACAGCUCAAUGAGGAUGAUUCAUCCUCACUGCAUAAAAUUUUGUUCGAGUUGUACUUUUUGCUUGAUCCAAGCUUUGCACGUCCAAGGUUGUCGAGGAAACUGAUUUGGUUAGGUUGGAGGUUCAACUGUACAAUCAUAUUACAUACAAACCAUUUCUUGGACCAUAGAAUCUAAAGGUGAUUAGCAAAUAAGGUUUCAGUGUGUA